AAAGUGGAUUAAUUAAUGCUACUAGGCACUCUGCUAGUAUGCUAUUCUCUGGAUAUUCAUUGUAUGACUUUCCUUGUAAUAUAUACACGCAUUCUGUGGAGUAUUUUUAAACAAACCCUACAUAUCUUUUGUUAGUUCUGUCAAACCCUUUUCAAACCCUAGAAAAUUAAUUGCAAAUUUGACUUAAAGAUCGAAGCUUUGCAUAUAAAGAUUGGUUCUUUCGGUCAUUCUGAGUAAAGGUGAAUUUGGAUGUGUUGAUGUUUGGUCAAUUAUGUUGUGUGAUAAUGGGGGUACUUUUAUGACAUGUGCAGAUAAUUGAGUUGGGUCGUUUUGAGAAAUCAAGAAUUGUGGGCUUGGGGUUUGUGUGGGAGUAUUGGUAUAGUGUGUUGUUUGUAGAGAAGAAAGUAAGAGGUGUUUGAGUAAAGAUGAUGUCCAGAUCGUAUACGAAUCUUUUAGAUUUAGCAUCGGGGAAUUUUCCGAUAAUGGGAAGGGAGCGGGAGAGGAGACGGCUUCCAAGAACAAUGACGGUCCCUGGGAGUAUUGCUGAGCUCGAUGAUGAUCAGGCACAGAGUGUAUGUUCAGAUAAUCCGUCUUCUCUUGCUACAGAUAGGAUGAUUAUUGUGGCAAAUAAAUUGCCACUGAAAGCAAAGCGGAGGCCGGAUAAUAAAGGGUGGAGCUUUAGUUGGGAUGAGGACUCUUUAAUAUUCAGGUUGAAGGAUGGUUUGCCUGAGGAUAUGGAAGUCCUUUAUGUUGGGUCAUUAAAUGUGGAUGUUAUCCCAAUAGAGCAGGAUGAUGUUGCCCAAGUUCUGCUAGAGAGGUUUAAAUGUGUUGCUACUUUUCUUCCCCCAAAUCUUUUGGAGAAGUUCUAUGACUGCUUUUGCAAAAAACAGUUAUGGCCUGUCUUUCAUUAUAUGCUGCCAUAUACCGCUGAUCAUGGAAACCGGUUUGAUCGUUCAAUGUGGGAAGCCUAUGUAGCAGCAAAUAAGUUGUUUUCGCAGAAAGUGAUUGAGGUGAUAAAUCCAGAAGAUGAUUUUGUCUGGAUUCAUGAUUAUCAUUUAAUGGUAUUGCCAACUUUCCUAAGGCGUCGAUUUAACCGAUUGAGGAUGGGAUUUUUUCUUCACAGCCCUUUCCCUUCUUCUGAGAUUUAUAGGACUCUUCCUGUUAGAGAAGAAAUUCUAAAGGCUCUACUCAACGCUGAUCUUAUUGGUUUCCAUACUUUUGAUUAUGCUAGGCAUUUCCUUUCAUGUUGCAGUAGGAUGUUAGGUUUGGAGUAUCAAUCGAAGAGGGGCUACAUAGGAUUAGAAUAUUUUGGAAGGACGGUUGGCAUAAAGAUAAUGCCAGUUGGGAUUCAUAUGGGCCAGAUUGAGUCAGUAAUGAAACUUGCUGAUAAAGAGUGGAGGGUUGGGGAGCUCAGGCAGAGAUUUGAGGGGAAGACGGUGUUACUCGGAGUAGAUGACAUGGAUGUUUUCAAAGGAAUUAACUUGAAGCUCUUAGCAAUGGAACAGAUGCUCAAACAGCACCCUGCAUGGCAAGGAAGAGCUGUGCUGGUCCAAAUUGCAAAUCCUGCAAGAGGUAAAGGAAUAGAUUUGGAGGAAACACAGGCUGAAAUACAAGAGAGCUGCAGGAGAAUCAAUGAAAAAUUUGGAAAGUCAGGGUACGAACCGAUAGUUUUUAUUGACGAACCUUUGUCAGUCUGUGAAAAGGUUGCUUAUUACAGCAUUGCAGAAUGUGUUGUCGUCACUGCAGUCCGCGAUGGGAUGAACCUUACUCCAUAUGAAUAUAUUGUGUGUAGACAGGGUAUAUCUGGUGCAGAAUCAGGUUCAGAUCUUAGUGGACCAAAAAAGAGCAUGUUGGUUAUAUCAGAAUUUAUCGGAUGUUCACCCUCGCUGAGUGGGGCAAUCCGCAUCAACCCCUGGAAUGUUGAGUCAACUGCAGAGGCAAUGAAUGAGGCAAUAUCCAUGGCUGAAUAUGAAAAACAACUGCGACAUGAAAAACAUUAUCGGUUUGUAAGCACCCAUGAUGUAGCUUAUUGGUCACGCAGCUUCAUGCAAGAUAUGGAGAGGACCUGUACGGAUCAUUUUAGGAAAAGAUGUUGGGGAAUCGGUCUGGGCUUUGGGUUUAGGGUUGUCUCACUAGAUCCGAAUUUCAGAAAGCUUUCUAUAGAUAAUAUUGUCUCAGCCUAUAUUAAAGCCAAGAGAAGGGCCAUCUUGUUAGAUUAUGAUGGUACCAUGAUGCCGCAGAAUUCUAUCAUAAAGACUCCAAGCGGUGAGGUCAUUUCAAUUCUGAAUAGACUUUGUGGGGAUCCAAACAAUACAGUAUACAUUGUCAGCGGAAGAGGGAGGGAUAGUUUAAGCAAGAUAUUUUCAUCGUGCAAAAAUCUUGGAAUUGCAGCAGAGCAUGGCUACUUCAUGAGACGGUCGCAAGAUGAAGAAUGGGAAGUAUGUGGUCAUAGCAGUGAAUUUGGUUGGAUGGAUAUGGCUAAACCUGUGUUGAACUUGUAUACUGAGGCAACAGACGGUUCUUCUGUUGAAACCAAGGAAAGUGCUCUAGUCUGGCAGUACAGAGAUGCAGACCCAGGAUUUGGAUUUUCUCAGGCUAAGGAGUUGUUAGAUCAUCUAGAGAGCGUUUUAGCUAAUGAGCCUGUUGAAGUGAAGAGUGGCCAGUUCAUUGUAGAAGUAAAACCCCAGGGAGUCACCAAAGGUCUGGUGGCGGAAAAAAUCUUCACAUCGAUGUGUGAAAACGGGAAGCAGGCUGACUUUGUGCUUUGCAUUGGUGAUGAUCGUUCUGAUGAGGACAUGUUUGAAAUAAUUGGUAGUGCAAUAUCAGGAAAUAUUCUUUCUUCAAACACAUCAGUUUUCGCCUGCACAGUUGGACAAAAGCCAAGCAAAGCCAAAUACUAUCUAGAUGACACAAGUGAAGUUAUACUAAUGCUGGAAAAUCUUGCUGAAGCCACCGAUUCUCCAGCCUCAUCUGAUGUAGAAAAUGACGUCUCUUCUUGAAACCAGAGUUCUGUUUUGUCUGGUUAACAUUGGUGCCACUGUUCAUAUCAGCUGGUGGUCUGGCUUGUUUGAUAAUUGGUUUUUAGAAUUAUGUUCUAUCUUUUUUUCCCCUCCAUUUCCUCAUCCCCUUUAUACUUGGUCUUUCACCUCUGGACAACCUAGUUUUUGACAGAGAACAGAUAUAUGUAGGAUCUAGCUAUUGCAAUUGCCAUAGCUGGGUUGAUAAUCAAUAAAACCAAAUGUAUAGUAUUCUUGUGUUU